AUGAACAGCCUCGACGAUCCGUUACACCUUCACAUCCUCACUUCCCUCGCGUCAAAUUACGCUCAAGACGCCAAGACUUCCGAGGAUGAAUCGUCCAUAGAAGUUUUACUGAAAGGUCUACCAAAUAACUCACUCAGCUCAAGUGAUGUUGUCGAAGUAAUCCCUAAUGACGAAGAUGAAUGGAGUGAAUUCGAGAUCAAUCAUGCUAUCUCCUAUGCUCAUUAUGUGUCGUCGCUCCCUCUCACUUCAUCUCACCUCGCCGAAUCCCUAUCGAGACUGAAUGCGCUUCUUUUUAGUCUAUUGAGGCACGCAAACCCACCCCAAAGUGGAGAUGCGAGUCCUUCUUCUUCCUAUAGAAGCUUGGAAGCUGGAGGUCUCGGAUCACACGGUCAAGCUCAACUCUGCGAGGGACUACUGAAAGCACUACUUUGGGUAGCAUGGGGACGGCCGGACUUGAGAGAAGAUAUCGGUAAUCUCUUCGAAGAUUUUGUGGAUAGAAUCGAUAAAUUAAUGAGCUCAUCUCCUUCAAUGACAUUCCCACUCGUAAUCCUACAAUGUCUACACUCGGUUAUCGUGUCGUGUCCCUUACCACCUUUCCUAAAUAGUACGAUCUCUUCUUUGAUCAGGUCGCUGUUGUCUGUUUCGUCAUCUUCCAAUUUAAUCAAAUUGUUCCGAAACUCCUCUUCUGCGACAUCGACUCCGCACAUACGUCCUCCUCCUGCAACACCAUUCACCGCUCCUCAUCCUACAUCACCCAGUGGAGUUGUCAUGUCAGUGACAGAAAUCAUCAAUAUACUUCUUGCGACUACAUUGCUUCCUUACCCUGAUCCUAAUGGGAGUCAACAUGCUUUCGCUUAUCAAUUGGGAGCAUAUCAUCAUCCCUUCUCCCAUAAUUACAAUCGACAACAUGAUUCAGACCAAAUUGCUAGGGAGCAAUCAACGCAACUGAUCAAUACACCUCUAGCUGUGGAUGGGAUCGAACGGCUCUCAGCGAGUGUAGAAGGUCAAAAUGUUGUAGAAGAGGCAGGAAAAGCAGCUUUGAGAUGGUGGACUGAUCUUGUGGGCGGAUCUUCCCUUGUUGAGGAAUCAUUAUAUGCACGAAGAGGUAGUCUUCUAAGCAUUGGAGGAGAACAAGAUGAAGAAAUUGAUCUGAUGGUAUCAAUCUUGUACCUUCUGAACAACCUUUCGCUCCAUCAUGCAGAGCCUGACUCGACACAUCUUGCUAGGCUCAAGUUACUAUUAUCGGAGGAUUCUUCUGUCGUGGAUCCGAGAGUGUUGGAAGCUGUAUUUGUAUGCACCUCUAUCCAAGUAAGAAAUGACCGAUCAAUAGGGACUGCAAUGACACAUCACAUUCGUCGCCUCUUGAUGAGUCCUAUCCCGGCUUUCGAAGGUGAAAUGGCAGGGUCAGGCGGACGUGUACCUCCAGCCGUCAUGGCAGCUUCCAAAUGUCUAGCGAUUUGCAUCGAGAUGUCCGCGAAUGACGACCUCACUUCUUCGACUUUAUAUACUUUACUAAACACUCUAUCUCACAGCUCGGGAUCGGUCGGAGCUAUGUCGAUUCGGUCCACCCCUGUUCACCAUCAUUUCAGAGGGGAUACAGAUGCUUACACGAUCAGAACGAAUGCAACCGGUGUACGACCUACAGAAGAACAGAGAAAAUUGGUAGCUGUAACUGCCGUAGAAGUAGUCUCUCGGCUGGCAUUAGAAAUUGGUAAAGAAGAUAUAAUCCAUCUCAGUAUAUCCAUGCUUAUCCAAAGACUUCGAGGUGUGGACCUUGCCACCGAGUCAACUAUAGUAACUAGUCUUGUACCUUUAGCACUCGCAGCUUCCAAUGGCGAUCUUAUUGAAGUCUACCGUGCUUUCUCCCAGAUAUCAAGGUCGUCACACCCUGAAGACCCUCGCAAAUCUUCCAACGCUGUAUUAGCUGCUCAAACAACACUCGCAAAGGGUCUUGGUAACAGACUCGAUUGUGCUGAUGGCUACCUCGUCGAGCUCCUCACUGUUUUUGCCGAUAAAGGUACUCAAACGCAAAUGGUAGCUAUGGCAUCUCAUGGAUACGAUUCCAGUGAUAAACAUGCAGUCGCUCAAUUGAGACAAGAGGGCGAAACAAGAGUUGGAGACAUGAAAGCUUGGCUUGGCGCUCUUCUUAUUCCUAUAGCAACCAUACUUUCUCAUUCAUCUUACCAUCCCGAUAAAUCCGCUAGCCCAGAACUAGUAGCUCAUUUCAGGAAUUUGUGGUUUCUCUGUGUGGUCUUUGGUCUUAGUGGACCAGCGGGUCAAAAGCGAUUAUCGGAACACGAAACGAAUGCUCUCAGGACGAUCGCUGAAAAGACGCCUGCUUUAAUACUGGAAGGUUCAAACGACUUUGUAGCUAGUGAUCUGGCCUAUAAUUCAAUUCUAAGGAAAGAUUAUGCUGCAUCGAUUCAACAACAACAACGCAAUGCUCUUUCUCAAUAUCUGCCUCAUCAAAAGCAUUCAUACGACAUUCGGAAUAUGACCACUCCUCAGACGACACUUCUGAUGGCCAUAUAUGAUCUCGAGGAAGCAAGGACGAUCCGAUAUAAACCAUCGGUAUUAUUACAGUAUUUUUGCAAUGAAUCAAUUAACGAAAGCUCCUUGAUUGGUUGUUUGGAUGCUGUUGCUCAAAAGAUUUCGUCUGUAUUCAUGAAAAAGGUCUAUCAAGAGGUUAUCACUCAUUCUCUUCCGCCCAUCGUUGCAGACGAAGUGUGUAAGAUCCUCGUUGGAUGUACACACCGAAUGAGGAAAGUCCGAGAGACAGCCCUAAAUUACGCCAGACAAUUACUCGAGACUUUCUCAGCCCUAUUAUGUGAUAGAAAGGUGGUCUUCACUUUAUUGGAGAUUCUAACUUUGAUGAGGAGAAGUUGCGAGCUGCAAUAUACUGAUGAGUAUUCACCUGUGUACGAAUUUACUUCAGACAAGAUGGAUCUCACUCUUCACUUGACGGAUGACUAUGCGGUACGAAACGAAAUUACAACCCAACUUCAUACGGUUACGAGGCAUUGGCUCACCGUGGCUAUUUCUCGCGCACCGAUCGAAGUGCAAUCAACGUUACAAACAUAUUUGAACGAGUCAAGAGACGUGCUUUUGAUUGAUAGCGUUGAAAUGGGAGCUGGAUUGGCUUUACAUUUCUCGAAAGCAAUCUCCAGACUCGACAGACAAGAGACUAUCAUGCCCAAUAUCGGAGGUUGGCCAUCGGAUAGCUCCAAUUUGGUUGCUAGUCAAUUCGCAGCCAAGAACUACUUCAAUGGGGAGAUCAGUGGAGCUAGAUUGAUCUUGACUCAAGGUUUGAAUAACCUGCAAGGAGGUUCACCUGCAGAGUCAUCCGCCGCUGAAUUACAAGCUUUCAAAACUCAAAUGGCUCAAGCUACUGUCAACAUCCGAACUAAGACGAAACCGUUCACUGUACCUGAGAUCAGAAGAAUCCUUCUGAGAGCUGUUUCAGUCUUAGUUGCUUCUCCACAAAUGGACAGAGAUAUCUUGCAUUAUCUUGUGGAACUUCCGAUGACUGCCUUCACUCCUCUCGCCAUAGCUGCAGGUGUGGACGCCUGGACUUGGCUAUUGCGUCAAAGGCCUGAAGCGGAAGUACCCAUUAUAGGCGCUAUCACCGCUGGAUGGUUGCAUACUAUCAGACAGAGAAAGGGUUUGUUUUCAACCUCCAUGAACUAUCGAGACCCUUUCGAACAGCCAGUCGAGUACUCUCCAUCAGACAAGAAAAUCCUUGAUCUCGAGUUAGCAAAAGCUCGCAAACUUCUCCGACCCCAUUUGCUGUUGAUACAAGUCUUAUCAAGUCAAUUCCAAGCGAUUAAAUACCGUGAAAGAGGUAUCAUGGUCAGCUUGAUUCGAUUGAUGAUGAGAAGUCUCAAAGCACAUAAGCUAAUGAGUACACAUCCAUUGGCGAGAGAAGUGAGAUUCUCCUUAUUACUCUUCGGAUUCCAAAUGCUUGCUAGUAGUAGAAUGGAAGCUCUCCUCGAAUUGCGCUUCAGAGAUAGACUGUUCCAAGCGGCUUUCUCGUGGUUCGCUUUCAGACCUCAAUGGUCGUUCGGAAGCGAUCGAAUUCAAGUGGGAGCAGAAAUCAAACUCCUUCAAGAUCUUUUAGCUGUCAUACAAGAAGAUAAAAUCCGAGGUGAUCACUCGACUUCUUCAUUAAGUGAUAGGAAUCCUGCUUUCCUGAUUCGAGGCUCAGCGUCUAUGCGCGAAUACGAAGGACAACAUCGUGAUCGCGUACAACUACUUCAACUGUUGGUCGAGAAUGAAGUUUCAAGACUCAGUGUAUGGUCUAAUCCACUUGGAGAAGCUGGAAGACCAAACGCGCCACCUGUUGGGAUUCUUGAACGAGCUGUGACAAUUGAUGAAUGGCCUCGUCUGGUCGGCAGAGCCUGGAAGUUCAACCCUGCCAUGGCUGUUCACAUGGGCGAAAGAUUCAAGAAUCCUCCUGUGCAAAGUGAAAUUAGCAGAUUGGUCAAGUCGGAUCCGAAAAGAGUCAUCGAUGUUCCAGAAGCUCUACACUUCUUGCUUGGGGAUAGGUUGGAGAAUAAUGCUAGACCGGCGUUGAAAUGGCUACCUGUUUGGGCGGCUGUACCUCCCGUGACGGCUAUUGUGUAUUUCCAACCUCGUUACGGAAAUCAUCCAUUGAUCCUUCAAUAUGCCAUGAGAGUACUUGAACAACAUCCAGUCGAACUGACCUUCUUCUUCGUACCGCAAGUUGUACAAGCUCUGAGAGCGGACGCUUUAGGUUAUGUUGAAAGAUUCAUCUUUGAGACUUCGAAGAUAUCCCAACUCUUCUGUCAUCAGAUUAUAUGGAAUAUGAAAGCGAAUACAUUCAGAGAUGAUGAAGCUUCUCUUGCGGAUCCUAUGAAACCUCUCUUGGAUCGAAUGAUAGAUAUGAUCGUAGCUGGACUUUCGGGGAAAGCCAAAGCGUUCUAUGAUCUUGAAUUCACAUUCUUCGAUGCGGUCACAUCGAUCUCAGGAAAAUUGAAGCCUUACAUCAAGAAAACCAAACCUGAGAAAAAGGCCAAAAUUGAUGAGGAAAUGGCUUUAAUCAAUCUUUCGAUUGGAGUUUAUCUGCCAAGUAAUCCUGAUGGUGUAGUGAUCGAUCUAGACCGGAAAUCCGGUAGACCGUUACAAAGUCACGCUAAGGCACCGUUCAUGGCAACCUUCAGAGUCCAAAAGGAACGGUUGGACCUGCCGUCAGAUUCGAAUGUCGAAAUCUCAGAUGAAGCGAAAUUGGUCAAAACAAAAUAUGAUGUUUGGCAAUCCGCCAUUUUCAAAGUUGGUGAUGAUUGCAGACAGGAUGUUUUGGCUUUACAGAUAAUCGCAAUGUUCAAGAAUGUUUUCAGUAGUAUUGGAUUGACUUUAUAUCUUUUCCCAUAUAGAGUUACUGCUACCGCCCCUGGAUGCGGCGUCAUCGAUGUGGUUCCCAAUGCUACUUCACGGGAUGAAAUGGGUAGAGCCAAAAUCAAUGACCUUUUCUCAUACUUUGUCGACAAGUAUGGAGGCGUAGAUACUGUUACAUUCCAAAAAGCUAGACUCAAUUUCAUCCAAUCUAUGGCCGCUUAUUCUGUUGCUUGUUAUAUCUUGCAAAUCAAAGAUAGACAUAAUGGUAAUAUCAUGAUUGAUGGAGAUGGACAUAUUGUUCAUAUUGAUUUCGGCUUCUUAUUCGAUAUUGGACCAGGAGGAAUCAAAUUCGAACCUUCGUCAUUCAAGCUGAAUCACGAGAUGGUAGCAUUAAUGGGAGGAAGGGAUUCUCAAGGAUAUAAGAUGUUUACUGAGUUGACAGUCAAAGCAUUCUUGGCUAUCCGACCACAUGCCGAUCAAUUAGUUGAUGCUGUGCACUUGAUGCUUGGAACUGCUUUACCUUCGUUCAAAGGUGAAGGAACGAUCAUGAGAUUGAAAAAUCGUUUCCAACUUCAAUUGGGUGAAAGACACGCGGCGGAAUAUAUGAUGGGUAUCGUUGAAAAUGCGAGAGAAAACGUCAGAAGUAACGUUUAUGAUGGUUUCCAGAAAAUACAAAAGUAA